AUGGCGGAUAUGCAGGCCACGCUGCUGCUGGGCUCGGAGGGAAUCAAGAAAACAAUCCUACAUGGAGGUACUGGAGACAUCCCAAAACUCACUGCUGGGGCAAAGGUGACGUUCCACUUCCGCACCCAGUUGUGUGAUGACGAACGUACAGUGAUAGAUGACAGCAAAGUGGUGGGGACGCCCAUGGAGAUAGUCGUCGGCAACAUGUUUAAACUGGACAUCUGGGAGAACCUGUUGGCCUCCAUGAGGAUCGGUGAGGUGGCUGAGUACUGGUGUGACACCAUUCACACUGGAGUUUACCCACUUGUAUCCAAGAGUAUGAGGCGCAUUGCAGAAGGCAAAGACCCGGUCGACUGGCACAUCCAUACAUGUGGUAUGGCCAACAUGUUCGCCUACAACAGCCUUGGCUACGAUGACCUGGAUGAGCUGAUGAAGGAACCAAAGCCCCUCUACUUUGUCCUGGAGCUGCUGAAGGUGCAGCAGCCCAGUGAGUACGACAGGGAGUCGUGGGCUCUGAGUGAUGCAGAGAGGCUGAAGGUGGUCCCUGUGCUGCACGGCCAGGGGAACAUGCUCUACAAACAAGGAAAUUACCAAGAGGCUGCAAAUAAGUACAAGGAGGCCAUCAUCUGCAUCAAGAAUGUUCAGAUGAAGGAGAAAGCAUGGGAGGUCCCGUGGCUGAAGAUAGAGAAGAUGGCCAACACCUUAACGCUCAACUACUGUCAGUGUUUGCUGCGCAUGGAAGAGUACUACGAGGCCAUUGAGCACACCAGCGACAUAAUCAACCAGCAUCCAGGUGUAGUGAAGGCCUUCUACCUGCGAGGCAAGGCCCACAUGGAAGUGUGGAAUGAGGCGGAGGCCCGGCAGGACUUCAGCAGGGUGCUGGACCUGGACCCCGGCAUGAAGAAGGCCGUCAAGAAGGAGCUAGCAGUGCUUAACAUGCGCAUGGAAGAGAAGAACCAGGAGGACAAGGACAAAUACAGGGGCAUGUUUUGAUCAGAGACAGUGGUUGGUGAGUCAGAGAAGUGAUGGGGUAAAGAUUAGUUAAGUUGUUAUAUCACAAAUCUCUAUGCUUGAUUGUACUUUUAACUCCGUGAAUUAACGUUUAAGGACUGUGAGACACUUCCAGGAGUGUGAAAUAAAAUGAAAUGCUUUUAUUAUUUUAAACCUUCACUUUUUCACACCUAUCUUUCUUUUUCCUCCAAACCAUGAUCAAGACACACUAUAUAAGUUAAAUGAAGGACUUUUCACCGUUGCAAUCAUAUUUAAUUUGGUCAAUAGUUCAUUGAUUUUGAAUUGAUUGUUUAAUAGGCUGUUUGUAUUGUAUUUAUAUUAUAUUCCAAUGUUUAGUAAGACCAUAAGAUGUGCCUAUAUGCUGUGUUAUGAAUAUAUUUAAGUGAGGAAUAAUGAUUCCAGUUUGUUUAAAGGAAUAGUACGCAAAAAAAAUAAAAUUCUUGCUGAGAGUUACAUGAGAGGAUUGAUAGCACUCUUAUGUCUGAAUAUAGCUGGAGCUAACAGCUGCUUAACUUAGCUUAGCAUAAAUACUGGAAACGGGGUAACAGAUAGCCUGGCUCUGUCCAAAAAUCUGUUGACCAGUACCAUUAUAACACAUUCUUCGGUGAGUUUUAGACAUUCUGGUGGGUGGAUUUUGUUACUUUUGGACAGAGCCUGGCUAGCUCUUUCUCCUUGUUUUCAGUCUUUCUGCUAAACUAAGUUUGUGAGCUGCUGGCUGUAGUUAUAAAUACCAUACAGACAUGAGAGUGGUAUCAGUCUUGCUGUCUAGCUCUCUUAAAGAAAACAACUAAGCGUUCACUACUGUUCUAAUUUGUUAAUAUUGUUUUGGAGGAUUUCCUCAUCAUGUAAUAUAUUUCUGGAGUGGCUCAGUUGGAUUUCUGUGUUUAAUAAAUAUGUCCCACCAGAUGUUAUGUGAGCCAGCCACCCUGAUGGUAGUUUUAUUUUCAGAGGUCAUAUCCCACACUUUGCCACUAUUCAGCCAAACAAUGUAAAAGAACUGAAGUAGUCCCUAUGCUGUUUCUAAAGUUUUAUUCAUAGUUGAUAAUCCUGUCAAAUAAGAUUAAAACCAAGUUACUUCUCAAAGUAUUGUAAGCACAUUACCGCUCCACAAGGUGGGGCUCUGACCACAAUCAUUCUUCUGCUUCUGCAUGAUCCCUGCUGGAGAAAUGAUACUGGGCCUAAGCAGCAUUCUCAUCUUCAUGAGGUCUCUAGGUGCUCAUAAAAAUAAAUGAUCUGGGUUGCAUCUA